AUGGCAUCAUCAAAAGUUUCCGUUGGUUCAAAAGCGCCAGAAUUUAAAUUAUUCAACACUCAAAAACAAGAAAUUAGCUUAACAGAUUUAACGUCCAAAUCAAAUGUCGUCAUUUUAUUUUUUCCUCUGGCAUUCACAGGUACAUGUACACAAGAGCUAUGUUCAGCACGCGAUGAUAUUGCCAAAUACUCAAAAUUAAAGGCAACUAUUGUCGCUAUAUCGGUUGAUUCCUUGUUUACAUUGGAAAAAUUUAAAGAAGAGCAAAAGUUACCUUUUGAUCUGCUAUCGGAUUUUAACAAGGAUACAGCACGUGCCUAUGAUUCAUUAUACGAGGAAUUUCCAGCCUUUAAUAUGAAAGGUGUUACAAAACGAUCAGCAUUUGUCGUCGAUCAACAAGGGGUUAUUCGUCAUAUCGAAAUAUUAGCGGAUGCAUCAAAAAUACCAGAUUUUCAAAAGGUUUCCCAAGCACUAGAAGAAAUAAAUAAAUCAAAAUAA